CUCUAACGCUCCUUGUGACGUUUGAGAAAACGAUCAAAUUUUUUUUGAGAAUGUUGAACGCAGGGAUAGGAGAAGGGCAAUCCACCGUAAGGCCGCCAUUUUUUGAUGGAACGAAUUACUCCUAUUGGAAGGAGCGUAAGAGAAUUUUUGUUCAAUCUAAUAACUUCAAAAUUUGGCUUGCUAUCAAGAAUGGAGAUAGCUUGCCAAUGAAGAAGAUAGGCGAUACACUCAUCCCGAAGGACGAGGAUGAAUAUGAUGAAGCCGAUCUUAAGAAGGCUCAAUUAAAUGCCACCGCCAUCAACUUCUUGUAUUGUGCUGUCAAUGCCAACGAUUAUCAAAAGAUAUCUCGUUGCCAAACCGCCAAUCAAAUGUGGAACAAGCUCAUGAUCACAUACGAAGGUACGCCUCAAGUUCGUGAAUCAAAAAUUGAUUUACUAACCGAUGAAUAUGAGUUAUUUGCUAUGAAAGAGAACGAACUUGUGGAGGACAUGUUUGGAAGAUUUUCAAACAUCGUCAACGACCUUGAUAUGCUUGGAAAGACGCUCACCGACAAAGAGUUAGUGAGGAAAAUCCUGCGAAGUCUAACCAAGGAAUGGGAGUCGAAGGUUAACUCCAUUUACGAAGGCCGAGAUUACAACGUCAUCACAUACGACGGUCUUCGAGGUAUUGGCGAAGGGCAAUCGACCUCUAGGCCACCACUCUUUGAUGGCACCAACUACUCCUAUUGGAAGGAACGGAUGAGAAUCUAUAUCCGUUCCACCAACUUCCUAUUAUGGUUGGUCAUCAAAAACGGAGAGGAAAUCCCAAUAAAGAAAGUGGGAGAAACCACGGUCCCAAAGACCGAGGACGAGUUUGAUGCCGAGGACAUCAAGAAGGUUGAAAACUACGCAAAGGCUAUCAACAUGCUAUAUUGCGCGGUCAACCCCGAUGACUACCGAAAGAUCUCCUGUUGCACAACCGCCAAGGAGAUGUGGGACAAGCUUGAAGUGACGUACGAAGGUACUGGUCAAGUUCGUGAAGCCAAGAUUGACUUUCUCACCCAAGAGUACGAAAUGUUCCGAAUGAAGGAAUAUGCCAUUUACGAGUCAAUUGGCGUCUCCAAUGUCACAAUUGAUGGAUUAAGAGGUAAUCUCAAAACUUACGAAUCUACCAUUCUUAAUCCAUCAUUGGACGAACAAAAGAAAAAGGGAAUAGCUCUCAAAGCCACCAAGGAACCGGUGGAAGAGGUUUCUAGCGAUGACGAUAACGAGUUUGGACUCGUCAUCAAGAAGUUUCACAAGUUCAUGAAGAAGGAAUUUGAGCGGAAGGGAAGGAAGCACGACGGUCCUCCCAAGUGCUACGGCUGUGGCGAGAUUGGCCACAUCAAGCCAAGGUGUCCAAAAGCCAAGCACGGCAAGGACAAGCCCGGCUUCAAGAACGGAUGCUCCAAACACAUGACCGGGGAUGCAUCCAAGUUUCUCCAAAUCAAACCCGCUAAAGGAGGAAACGUAAUUUUUGGAGACAAUAGCAAGGGAAAGAUUAUCGGCAUUGGUUCGGUAGGUAAAUCUGAAAACUCCUCUAUAGAUAAUGUCUUGCUAGUUAAAGGUCUUAAACACAAUCUCUUGAGCAUAAGUCAAUUAUGUGACAAGGGAAAUCGUGUGACCUUCGAUUCAAAAUCAUGCACGGUAGAAUUCCUUAGUGAUAAUAAAGUCAUUCUACGUGGUGAUGGAAUCGAUAAUAUUUACAUGGUUAACUUAGACAAGUCACCUUCCUGCGUUGCUAAGUGCCUCAUGAGUAAUGAGGAAGACAUGCCAUUAUACACCAACCCGCAACCACAACCUGAGGAAACACCUCAAGUGAUGGUCGAAAAUGAGGAUCAAGCGGACGAAGAAGAACACGAGGAAGCCCAGGAACAAGAGGAAACCAAGCUUCCCAUCGCUUGGAGAACGAACAAGAACCAUCCACUUGACCAGCUUGGGCGGAUCACCGGCCUCCCCUACCAAGGCGGCGACGUCUCCCACUUCGGCGGAGAGGACUGGGUGCUCAAUAACGAGGGCCUUAUCCUCAACGAGCUUGGCAUCACCGAGCUCAUCCGGCACACCUCAGGCCGCCCCAGCAUCCACUCCGCGAACCCCGAAGGCCGUCUCCUCCUCUACAUCGUGUCCCGGAUUAUCAAACCCCGGAAGCAUGGGCACACGAUCAUGUCCGAUGAGGACCUCAAGCUCAUCCAUGUGAUCAUGCACACGGCACCAAUCGAUUGGGCAAAGUUUGUCAUGAUCAACAUGAUGAUCGCCGCGUCCACCGACCACCAUCACCUCCUCCCGUACCCGUUCGUGGUGAUGGACAUCCUUGAACGGUUCAAGGUAACCACCACUAUUGGCCCGCUCACAAAGGCCACGAAGCUUUGGACGAUCAGCGCCCAAACCUUCACCAAGCAGUCGGACAACGCCGCGCCACGCCGCACUGCCACUACCGCUGGCCCAGCCGAACCCCAGGCCCGGGCCAACCUAGCCUCCAUCGCCGACUCCCUCAACCGGCUUCACUUCAAAGUUGGCAGGAUGGAUGGCUACCUUGAGCGGCUCGACGAGGCAGUCCAGCGCCAAGGGCACACCAUGAACGCGUACUUCCAACGCGUUAACUCCGUUCCCCCACCGUACCAUGGCACGUUCUUUGGGAAAGUGUACAGAGACGAGGAUGAAGACAAUGCCUCCUAUGCCCCGUCAAGCUCCCCGGACGAAGAUGAGUUCGACGACGCCAUUGAUGGUGAUGAGAUGGACGUCGACGAUGAUGAGGAGGAAACCGAAGACGAAGACUAGGACGCCCUUAGAACUUCUAUCUCUUUUCUUUUAAUCACCAUAAUGCUUCCGUUGUACUCCGCUAUUUCCCAAUUUAAUAAAUAAAAUUAUCUUUUAUCUUUUUGUUAAUGUCAAAAGGGGGAAGAAAAGGGUUAUGCAUAC